UUCCUAAAAUGAAUGAAAGAUCCGACACAGAGCGUUUUGAGAGGUACAGAUCAGUGUUACUCGGUGUUGAGCAGCAAGUAGCUCUCAUAACUUUUAUAAUCGUUUGCUUGACUGCGAUUAAAUAAGUAUAACUUCUAGUUAUCGGUCUAGUUAAGGAACUAGAUGAGACACAUUUAGAAUGGAUAGAUAGCUGGAAAUGGACAGCUGGAAAAGGACAAAAACCGCUCACGACGCCAGAGUCAGCGUUUGUGGAGAGAUGAAGAUGUCCAGAAGCGCAUCGUGUCUCCAGCCUCUCAGAGCUACUGUUCCCUUCACGCUGCACAAACCAGCUGCCGUCACAAAUAUCACUCCAGGUGAAAAGACCAAAGCAGAGUGGCGUUUGCAGACUCCGAUCCACCGCACAGUAUCUCUGGAUGCGAUUGUGUUGCCGUACUUGCAAGGCCAAUGGCCCAAAGAGGAUGACAGACACGGCAGGGAAGACAAAUCCACACAGACACCACACACAUGGUUAGCUGGAGCUGAAACAACAGCUGUUGGAUUUCACAAACGUUCGGCAUCAUGGGGAAAUUCAGAACGUCUCCAGGAUGGAAGUGACGUAUGUGCAGACUCAUCUAUUUUCAAGCUGAAAACAACAAACUACAACAGAAGAAGAAAAGGUCAGGUGUUCUUGUUGGCAAUCAAGAGAAACUGCACAACCAACAUCAGUCCCCUGCUCUAUUAAUCCCAUCUGCGUCAUUGACUCGACUGCCGUCACGUCUGCGUCAAAGUGAAGAGAGACUAGAUCAGGAGCUGGAGAAAGUCUUCACACAUCACUCAUCAGUUCAGCACUGUGGAAUAUAUGAGGUUCCUGAUGGCCACAGGGCUCCUGUUCCUCACCUGAGCUCCAAGAGGGGAUUUCAGAUUGGGUCUUCCUGUGUAGCUUCUCACUCUUCUUCUUCCUCAUCCACAUCUUGCUCUCCACAGCGCCCUCUAGAACUCGAAACUGUUGAAGAGGUCAACUCAUGUAUUGUGAUGGUGUCCUCAUCACCACGUCCCAAUAACAGCUACAGCUUUCAGAGAGAUCCACCAGAAGGCUGUGAAAGAAUCCGAGUGUGUGAAGAGAACGUCCUUCCAUGUUUGGAUCAAGUGUACGUGUCCUCCUGUCCUGACCCCAACAAAGUGAACUUCACCACACACACAGGCUCAGCCUUCUGCCCUGUCCAAUCUCCCGAACCCCUCCUACCUCCAGUGGACUUCCUGAUCUGCAGCCUCUCAGUUUCUCCAGGGUCCUGCUGGGUGGGACAGUGA